UCCUCCGCCCAAUUAAACCCAGCCGCGACCGCCGCCGCCGCCGCCGCCGGCUCCCCCUCCGGCACCCGAAAUGGCGUGAUCCCCGCCCCCGAUCCCUCUCGCCUCCGCAGUUCAAAUACCUCCCCGUCGCCGCCACCCAUCCCUCUCCUUCUCGAAUCGCGGAGAUCCCGGCGCCCCGAACCCUAACCCUAGCCACCAUGAAGGCGUCCAUCAAGUUCCGCGACGACGACCGGCCGCUGCUGCGCGCCAAGGUGCCCAUCGGCGUCCUCGGGCUGCCGUUCCUCUCGGGCGUCUCGGCCGGCGGCGACGCCAAGGACCUGCGCUUCGACCUCUCCACCGCCUUCCCCUCCGGCCCGGCGCUGCGCCUCUCCUACCACCCCAACGACCCGCUCCAGCCCUUCGCGCUCUCCGUCCGCACGGGCCUCGGCGCGCUCGGCUCCCCCGUCCGCGCCCCCUUCGCCCUCUCCGCCGAGUUCAACCUCCUCUCCUCCAACCCGCCCGCCUUCCAGCUCCUCUUCAAGCCCCGGAUCGGGGACUUCUCCCUCGCCAACUCCGUCCGCUCCCCGCCCCUCUCCGACGCCCCCCCGCCCCACAAGCUGGCCGACCUCACCAACGGCGACGACCACGACCACGAGGGCCACAAGGCCUUCUCGCUCGACGGGAACGGCUUCGCGGCCAACGUCGCGGCCGCCGGGAAGAGCGGCGGUAGUGUGGGCACCUUCCUCUCCGGGAUGCGCCUCACCACCAGGAGCAUGAUGCCGCUCUGGAACAAGGCCAGCCUGCGGUUCCAGUGGGGCCUGCGCGUGCCACCGGAGCUCAAGGCCGCGCUCGCCGACGAUGGGUACGGGCGCAAGGCAGGCAACCUCGCCGUCAGCAAGCUGCCGCUGCUCGUCAUGAACAAGAUCACAAUUGAGCACACCCCGCAUCUCAAGUCUGAAGGAGACAAGAAGAGCGCACCUGCAGCCAAGGCAGAAGAAUUCUCGUUGCUCAAGAGGCAGCUGGAGGCCCUGAAUGAUGAGAGCAUCAUGCUGCGGCACUCUGUGGAGGGUCUGCGUGCUGAGAUCGGUGUCAGCCGAGCAGUUUCAGUUCCCAGCAAAGGCGAGGCUCGUAGGUUGCAGGCGAUCUCGCCGCCGUCACAGCAUCCUUUCCCUGUGAAGCCUGAUGGGAUCGGCAAGGAGCUGGCAGCCAGUGGAACGAAUGAUGCGGGUGAGGAGUUGAAGAAGGCGCUAGAGGCCCGCAGGAAGUGAGGCUUCACUGCUUGCUGGCAUUGCAAGCUCUGCAAUUUUUAGGUUGAUGUCGUCCUCAAUUUUGUGCUUAAUAAUAAUAGAUUGGUAGGCAGUUUGCUGCAUCCUUGAGUGGAAGCAAACCAGGUUCUCAUAAGGUGAUGCAAUAACUUUCUAUGUUUUCCAUGUCGCUGCCUGAGUUAGGGUAUAUCCGUCUAUGUAUAAACCUGUCUUUUUGUCUUCACAGAUUCCUGUUAGCGCAAGUUUCUACUUCCAUUGUGAUGUUCCAAAUGCUUUUGUUCACCAGAUUCUGUUCUCGAGGCAA